AUGCCAGCUUUGAUUGUCUUCGUUGCUUACGGUCCAACAUCAAAUCAGGAGGAAGAUGGAGUCGAAGCCUUUUACAUGAUCCUGGACCAGCUCUACGAAGAAGAUCACGUCUUCCACAAGAAUAGACACUAUCGCCUCAAUCGAGGAAGAUUUUCCUUCACAUGGAAAGAAGAAAAGGGCGGCGAAAGACCCGGGACAUGCAUUAGCUGGAAUACAACUCGGUUUAGUGACCCACUCCGGGAAGGAACCGCAGUACCCAACUGCGGUGAGGAGUACGAUUGCCUCAUAACCGUUACCUCAAAACCGCAACAGAUAACCGUUACCUCACCUUCGAUCAAAGAGCAGCAGUGCCGAGUGAAGCCACAAGAGUAUUCGUUACGCCCGUCGGAGCUUCGCCAAUCAUUAAGCAGAGAUGACAGCCCUCCGGAUUUCAAAUCGAACAACUACGGAUUAGGAAUGAGAUGGAGGAGAUCAGUCGUGACUCCUACUCGGAUCUCACUGAGAGAUUUGACCACGUGCCUUCUUACUAUACGAUAA